AUGGAAAAAUUCGCAAUUUCAAUCAUUGUCUUCACGGUAUUCUGGGGUUUGAUCGGCGGUGUUUUACCUUUUCUCAUUCCGAAGGGGCCGCACCGACGUCUCGUUCAAACUAUGCUGAUGUUGACAUCUGCUUGCUGUUGGCUCUUUUGGUUAUGUUUCUAUCUUCAUCAAUAUAGACCACUAUUUGGACCUCAAAUCAAUAGCCAUGAGGCACGAGCAUUGCGCGAACUCUGGGGUCAAGAUCUAUAA